ACGGCCAGAUGCGGGAUUGGAGGGGAUGGAGGGGCUCUACCGGCAUUGUAUGCCUUGUACCCUAAAACCUCCUGAUGUCAGGAGAGCUAUUAAACUAUGCCUGGGCUCGCCCUUUCUUUGUCACACUACGAGUACGGUGUCGUAUGUACCGGUAACUCCUCCAUAUUAUCAUACGAUACCUUUUCCUUUUUUCCCCUCUCGCCCCUCCCCCUUCCUCCCCCGCUGGGCCAUUAUCAGGGUUGGCAAGCUUCUUUACUCCUGAAGGUCCCGGCCCUGAACAAGCCUAAAAGGACCGGAGCCUCCUGGCUUUCUCGCCCCCCCCUCACCCGUCGCUGCAAGUCUUCAACCCCUCACACAGUACUGUGCACCGAAUCGACGAGUUUGACUUGAUACAAACUCCGGUGGCAAACCGAGGAGCUCAAUUCGUACCCUUUUACAUCCCCGGUUUCGCCUCUGCAAACAUGGAUUCCGCCCAGCUACACCAAUUCAUUCACGGCAAGAGAAUCACCUUUGACGACUCUAGGUCCAGCACCAGAGAGUUCGCUCGCCAUCUGGAUGCGGGUGACCCUCUGGCCGGCUUUCGAAAGGAGUUCCUUAUUCCCUCCAAAGCGGACCUCAAGGAUCCUCACCCCGAAACAAAGCCUGCGGACCAAUGCAAUGGUAGGAGCAACAACUCUUUCGGGGGGGAGCACAUACUAACCAGCUGCAGAUCCCUCGGACCCAUGCAUCUACUUUUGUGGAAACUCUUUGGGCCUCCAGCCAAAGAAUACGCAGGCACUGAUCGCGGACGAGCUUAGAAUUUGGGCUACUCGUGGUGUCCAGGGACAUUUCGACCACCCACUUUCCCGGCCCUGGGCCUCUGCCGAGGUGGAGGUCAACAUGCACAUGGCGAAUGUCGUCGGUGCUCUCCCGGAGGAGGUGUCCACUAUGGGAACCUUGACAGCAAACGUUCAUACCCUGCUCGCGAGCUUUUACAAGCCGGACGUCACGAAGGAAGGCCGAUACAAGAUUAUCAUUGAAGGCAAGGCCUUUCCGAGUGAUCAUGUAAGAUACCAUUCUCCUUUCCACCAGGUUUUGCAUCCGUCAGCUAAUGCAGGACAGUACGCCGUUGAGUCGCAGAUCGAAUGGCACGGGCUGAAUCCAAGGGACGCUCUUGUCACGAUAUUUCCAGAGGGGGAUAGGAAGGUUUUGACCACCGACCGGAUAUGUCGUGUAAUCGAUGAGAAUGCUUCGACUACUGCUGUUCUUUGGCUUUCCGGUGUUCAUUAUUAUACUGGGCAAGCAUUCGACCUUAAAGCUAUCACUAGAUAUGCUCAGAACAAGGGCAUUCUUGUGGGCUGGGAUUUGGCACAUGCUGUUGGGAAUAUUUUACUGGAGCUUCACGAAUGGGGUGCUGACUUUGUGAGUUGCCCCCCACCUUGGAUAUAUUCAGCCACUUGGCAGAUGCCUUCAUGAAACGGAAUUUCUCUUUCCCCGUGGGACUGGCCCUCCCCCACGCAGAUCCCAAUUGCGCAAUAACUCCCCAUUGGGCCGCCUUAGCCUCUAUCUAGGGGAAACUCCGCUUCACCAGGGCUUUUCCGAGUGGCUAUCUGUUCUCCCCGUUCUAACGAUCAUAGGCCGCAUGGUGCACCUACAAAUACCUAUCGGGUGGGCCCGGCGGUAUUGGCGGAAUUUUUGUGCACGAGAAACAUGCAUCGCCCGAAAAACACCGACUUGCCGGUUGGUGGGGCCAUGACAAGGCUUCGCGGUUCACAAUGGAUACAGGUUUAUUCUUCUCCCUCUACUCCCCCCGGGAUAUUACUAAUAAUCAACCAGUUUUCCGCCCCAUGUCUGGCGCAGCAGGCUACCAAAUGUCUAACCCCUCAAUCCUCGACCUAACCGCCCUCCUUUCUUCCCUAUCCCUCUACUCAAGUGCCUCGAUGGCUGCCGUGAGGACAAAAUCCGUCCGUAUGACCGGCUACCUCGACUACCUCCUCCGCUCCCAGUUCGAAUCCUACGACUCAAAACCUUUCGAAAUCAUCACCCCACAAAAUCCGGCAGCGCGUGGGGCACAACUGUCACUACUUUUUAGAGAAGGGCUUAUGACGCAGGUGUUUGAUGGCCUGCAGGAGCGCGGGGUUAUUGUUGAUGAAAGGAAACCGGACGUUAUCAGAGUUGCCCCAUUACCCCUUUAUAAUACCUUUGAAGAGGUGUGGGACUUCGUCCAGGUACUUAAGGAGGUGAUUGGUGCCACGUAUAAAAGGGGGGUAGAGGUGAGGUGA